UAUAACGCGUAGUAACACCUUGGUAGUGCGUAGGUCACACUGUCGCAGGAGAGGAGGCUGUUGCUGCCGCUGAAGUUGUCAAAGAGACAGCACUUUAAACAUCAGUGAACAAUGGUCGUCUAUUUGAUCCAUUUUGCAGCACUGUAUGCUGCAGCCAUUACUGAAGUUAAACCCCAACCGGAAUGCAAUGACCUUUGUUGUGCAGGUGGAUAUAAUCAUUCGGGAAUUUGCAAGACACUGACAAAGUGUUCCAAAGAAGGACAAAUUAUCUGGAAAUCUGGAAACAAAACACAGGACAACAGAUGCUGGUGCGAUGGGUUAAAAGGUUAUGCACCUCGACGACCUAAAGAAUGUCGAAAAACAAACAAACCAGAGGCAUGUAUUUGUAUCCGCUGCUUAGAUGGAAAAUUACCAAACGUAACAGAAAAUGGCCAGGAUGUUGAGGACUUCGACGGAACGAAGCAUUGCGUAUCUAAAUGUGCACUGCCACCAGGAAGGAACAUAACAACAAGCAUACCAGACAUAUCAGACAGCACUCCAGGAACAUGCAAUUCUGGAGCUUUGGAGGAUAUGAUCAUUGCUAUCCUUGUUUUGGCGAUUAUAGAAACAGUGAUUAUGUCAAUAGUUGUGGGGCUGUGUAUAUGCUACCGCGAACAAAUAGCAUCUUGUUUGUCAUCUUUGAGAAGGAUAAUUAAUGAUCGGAAUAACGAACGUGACAACCCAGCAAAUCAGAAUAACGGACGUGACAAUCCAGCAAGUCAGCAGCAACAACAGGGCAGGCCAGCAAAAUCACAGAGAGAUAAACAGAAAACAGAUGCAAGUGGUUCAGAUGAACCGCUAACAGUUGCUCUGCAGAAUACUGAGCCCCAUGAAGGCAGUGAUCAUGCCACAUAUGCAUACAUGAAACAAAAUGAAAAAGCGGAAGGUGAGUGCCCUUAAAUAUUUUUAAGAAAGAAGC